UGAAAGGUAUAAUGAUAAAGGGGAGAAAGGGAUGGCUCACUUGAAACGUACUGCUCCCUGCCCCUCUUGAUUUGGUUUCUUUCUUCCUCCUCUUUGCUGCGGCUGCUGUUGCACAAGUAGCAUCACCAACCUCUCCCUGUCUAUCCCAUAUUAUUCGUCUCCUUGCUUGCUUCUCUGAAUAUCAUCAGAGCUUGUUCAGACUGUGUCCCUGUUCUUGCUCAGCUUCUAAUCCAGGGAUACACAGAGAUAUCGCCCUUUUUUGGCAGUGAUUAUCUCUCUCUCUAGCUUGGUUGAGAGAGAAGAACAGCAGCUCUUGCUUGCCUCCUUACUUUCUUCUUGGUGUUCUUGGAGAGAGAGGGAGAGGAUUAGAGGUUGUGAUAGAUGGGUAAUUGCUGGUUUAGAGGGAGCUUAAUUGUUAACAGAGUCUCUUCUAAUGCGAAGCCAGAGACUCCCAAGAUCCAGAGCCCAUCGGAGAGGGACCGGAGCGACGAGAGCAAGCUGCCAUCGAACGCCAAGGAGGUGGAGGCGAUGCGGUUGGACUCGUCGGCGCGCAACCCGCUCGUCGCCUUCUCCUUCGAGGAGCUCAGGGCGGUCACCAGCAACUUCCGCCAGGACUCCCUCAUCGGCGGCGGCCGCUUCGGCCGCGUCUACAAGGGCGCCGUCGCCGCCUCCGCCGCCGGCGACGGCGACGGCGCCGAGCCCCAGCCCGUCGCCGUCAAGGUCCACGACGGCGACAACAGCUUCCAGGGCCACCGCGAGUGGCUGGCGGAGGUGAUCUUCCUGGGCCAUCUGUCGCACCCCAACCUGGUGAGGCUCGUCGGAUACUGCUGCGAGGGCGACCACCGGCUGCUCGUCUACGAGUACAUGCCACGCGGCAGCGUCGAGUCCCACCUCUUCUCCCGGGUGAUGGCGCCGCUGUCGUGGGCGACGCGGAUGAAGAUCGCGCUGGGCGCGGCGAGGGGGCUCGCGUUCCUCCACGAGGCCGAGAAGCCUGUCAUCUACCGCGACUUCAAGACCUCCAACAUCCUCCUCGACGAGGAGUUCAACGCGAAGCUGUCGGACUUCGGGCUGGCGAAGGACGGGCCGGUGGGGGACAAGUCGCACGUGUCGACGCGGAUCAUGGGCACCUACGGCUACGCGGCGCCGGAGUACGUCAUGACCGGCCACCUCACGGCCAUGAGCGACGUCUACAGCUACGGCGUCGUCCUCCUCGAGCUCCUCACCGGCCGCAAGUCGCUCGACAAGUCCCGCCCCCCGCGGGAGCAGACGCUCGCCGACUGGGCGCUCCCCCUCCUCACCCACAAGCGCAAGGUCAUGUCCAUCGUCGACCCCCGCCUCUCCGCCGCCGCCGCCGCCGCCGGCGCAGGCGGCGAGCUGCCGGCGAGGGCGGUGCACAAGGCGGCGAUGCUGGCGUACCACUGCCUGAACCGGAACCCCAAGGCGAGGCCGCUCAUGCGGGACAUCGUCGCGUCGCUCGAGCCGCUGCAGGCCGACGACGAGGCGCGCGACGCCGCCGGCGCCUGAGAAGAAGGGAGAGGGACGCAGAUGUUGUUGGGAUUAAUUAAUUAAAGCUGUAUCAUAAUGAAAAUCAAAAGAUUUGGUAGUGCAGCAAGGGGGUAGGUGUAGUGAUUAGCGGUUGAGUUGAGCUGAGUGUACGAACGUUGUUAAUGUGCAGGGAAGAUGAUUAAUUAAUUAAUUAAUUACUUAAUUUUCUGAUGUC